UCUCGUCCUCCUCAUCCUCCACCCAAAUCUCCUCCUUCCCCUACCUCUCACCUUCCCCCCUUCCCAGAGAAACCAUUAGUUCCAUAAAUUAACACCCUCGCCGGCGCCAUUCCCCAUACCGCCGGCUCUGCCUCUGCCUUCGCUUCCCGCGUUCCGGCUGGGCGCCUCCCGGAGCUCGAUCCUCAUUCCCCCUUUUGCCCUCCCCUGUUCCCGAUCUCGCCCAGCUCCGUCGAAUAAGGUGAUUUCAUUUACAAUUUUACUCCUCUAUUUCCCCCCGCUUUCUUGGAUCUCCCCCCUGAAUUUCAUUCUUCCCGCCCUUUCGUUAUGUUCUCUCGUCGGAACGUUGACAAUGUGGAUAAUGUUUGAUGGCCUGAUACGAGGGUCAGCUUCGUCGCGUCUCUGCCUCUCUGGGUUUUUUGUAUUCCCCAGCGGUGGUUUCGUCUGAAUUUCGUUGACGAAUUCGUUGAAAUUUAUGAAUUUUUUGGGGUACUGUUUGGAUCUGGCGGAGGAGAAGCUGAUUUACUUUCUGUGGGUUCUUGUUUUUCCCCCUUCCUCGCCCCAAAAUUCCGGUUGUUUGACCGCAUCCGGACUUUCUUUGACAUUUUUGACUAGGGAAUGUUUGGCUUUUGUUAUUGAGUCUGCAUUUGCCUAUCUGCUAGUGCACCGGUUAAAAGGAUAUGGUUGUUGUCAGGGGAUUUUAUCAGUUGAUGUCCUUCCUUCUGCAUUUCCGGCAGCAGAAAUUCAGGGGUUAAUGAAAUUUUACAAAUUUGUCGGUGCGAGAGAGAGGGAGCAGUUAAUCUCUUACCUGUGGAAGCCUGGAUCUGGGUGCUUAGAAUUUCUCAGGGGUGUUCUAUGGCUGCAAGUUUUAUCUGCUUUAAAAGAUUAGCUACUAGGUGCAUCUGUUCUUUCUCUAUAGGUUCUGUAGCAUGGAUUCGGAUGUAUAUGGAUGAAAUUGGCUGAUUUCUGUCUGAUUGUUUUGGCAACAGGAAUAAGCAGGAGGGAAUCAUAUCAAGAUGAAGGCUUUGAUCCUUGUUGGAGGCUUCGGAACAAGGUUGAGGCCAUUGACCCUCAGUGUUCCAAAGCCUCUUGUUGACUUUGCAAACAAACCCAUGAUUCUGCAUCAGAUCGAGGCUCUCAAGGCAAUUGGAGUAACUGAGGUGGUUUUAGCUAUCAAUUACCAGCCAGAGGUGAUGCUGAACUUCUUGAAGGAAUUUGAGGCAAAGCUUGGUAUCAAGAUUACCUGCUCACAGGAGACGGAGCCACUUGGCACGGCUGGCCCUCUGGCUCUUGCUAGGGACAAGCUAGUGGAUAAAUCCGGCGAGCCAUUCUUUGUACUCAACAGUGAUGUUAUCAGCGAGUACCCUCUUAAGGAAAUGAUAGCAUUCCACAAAUCCCAUGGAGGAGAGGCUUCUAUUAUGGUCACCAAGGUUGAUGAGCCAUCAAAAUACGGGGUGGUGGUCAUGGAUGAAGCCACAGGGCAUGUCGACAAAUUCGUGGAAAAGCCGAAGAUAUUCGUUGGCAACAAAAUCAAUGCUGGAAUCUACCUCUUGAACCCAUCAGUUCUGGACCGGAUCCAGCUGAGGCCCACCUCGAUUGAGAAAGAAGUCUUCCCCAAGAUAGCUGCAGACAAGAAGCUCUUUGCCAUGGUCCUGCCAGGGUUCUGGAUGGACAUCGGGCAGCCGAGAGACUACAUCACAGGGCUCAGACUCUAUCUAGAAUCACUAAGGAAGAAAUCCUCGACCAAGUUGGCCACUGGCUCCCACAUAGUCGGCAAUGUGUUGGUGGACGAGACUGCGACAAUAGGGGAAGGGUGUUUGAUCGGUCCUGAUGUCGCGAUUGGACCGGGAUGCGUGGUCGAAGCCGGGGUUAGACUGUCUCGUUGCACCAUGAUGCGUGGGGUGCGCAUCAAGAAGCAUGCCUGCAUUUCCAGUAGCAUCAUUGGCUGGCACUCGACUGUUGGCCAGUGGGCUCGGGUUGAGAACAUGACAAUCUUGGGGGAGGAUGUGCAUGUGUGUGACGAGAUUUACAGCAAUGGGGGUGUUGUCCUGCCGCACAAGGAGAUCAAGUCCAGCAUUUUGAAGCCGGAGAUAGUGAUGUGAGUCAUGUGACAAACCAAAGAAAGGUAGUAGUGAAGAAUGGAAUUCAUGGUUUUGGGGGGAGGUGUAGAAUCAAUGUAUGUUCACUAGGGACUGGUCUGAGGUGGAAGGGGAGUUCUUCCAGUUCAACUGGAAAGAAAUUUGCCUGUUUCUCCCAUUUUCCCCCUUUUCUUCUCAUUUGGGUUUCAAUAUCAAUUGGCCUUUCUCCCAUGGAGAAGUGUAAAAGUCAGUCUGUUGUGAGUUGUCAUUUUUGUUUUUGUUGCCAAAUAGAAAUGUGAUAUAAAUCUUGGUGUGAGCAAAUUUGUAGCAGUGGGAUGGAAUGUGGAUAGAAAUAAAUUCAAGAUCCUCAGUUUGGUGGCAAACAUUAGUUUCUUUUUUCUUGCUCUUAUCUACAUAUUCAAUUCUACUGGCAUGCUUAUUAUGUCACUGGCUUGAGCUUCCUAACGAGAUGAAUUUAUUACUAAAUACAUUUUUGGUAUAGUUUAAUACUGAUUUAGUGGUUUACUGUUUCUCAAGUUCUGCAGAACCUUCUGUAUGAAUGUAUUAGCUGUCGGUGGCUUCAAUUAUUUGUAUGAAGGUAUGAAUGUAUGAACCCCCUCGUUAACUUUUCUUUUCCCCUGUCUCUCUCCCUAACAGGUCCUAUAGCUUCCAUGUCUCUUUCUUUCUGCACAAGGUACCCCAUUUAGCAUCUGCACAUUAUGUGGAAUAAUAAAACCACACUGACAUGCGAUGAAUCCUGUUCUAAGGAAGUUUAUGUUUGCUCUUUCUACAGAUUUGAAGCAACUUGCUAGAUAUGGCAUCUGCACAUUAGUUGGUAACAUCCAUUUCCAGGCUGUUGAAUGCACCAAGAUUUAGGCCAAGUUUGUGACAGAAUCCAAUUUGGACUCACAUGCAGGUCAAAAGUGGGCAGUCACUUUGUCAGAGUGCUGGUUUUAUACUCAAGUAAAAUGGGAUCUUGAUUAAUUUUUAUUCAAUCAUAAGAUGUCUGAUUAAUCUUUAAAAUUUGAAGGAAAUCAAACUGCAGGAUAACAACCACCAUGAAUACCCAGAACGUUCAAGAUGCCAGUUUGCUGGUGAAGAGUUAUGAGUUUGCUGAGAGUUUAUGAAUGAGGGAAAGAAGAGGACACACUGGAAUCUGUGGGAAGCUUCUCCCUACGAAAAGGAAUUUGGAUAAGGGCAUCUCGAUAGAAGAAUGAAGCAAAAACAACAAGGCCAUUUUCAGUAGGGUCACAGCAGAAUACAUGAUUGAGGAGUAGUAGUGUAUGAUGCAACUUUUUGUGCUGUCUCUUAGUGGUUGCUUAUUUGGAUUCAUUUAAUUUGCACUUCUGCAGUGGUCCUUUUCUCUCUCUCUCUGAGUGUGUUGCAGUUUACCAGAAAAGCAAGUGGGAAAUGAUUUUCUAAAUUAUUACCUGUCAUACUGAUUGUAGCACCCCACAUGACUCCCCUCAUUGAUUGAAUAAGGGGCAAAGUGGGUC